AUGCUCCAACAAGGUGUUUCCUCGACAGUUUGCAAAAACAUGAACAUCUUCAUUUCAGGAGCUUCAGGAAAUGUUGGAAUCGAAGUAUUGAAAUGUCUUCUCCAUGAAAAGAAGAAGAAUGCACUCCUUCAAACCUCUCCAACGAGCUCUUCGAAUGCCAACGAGCCUUCUUCCCUCCGAAGAAGAAGAAGACGAAUGAAUUUAUUUGCAGGAGUGAGGCAAAUCAACGCAUCCACAAUAUCCAAAUUUCAUAAGGAGCUCUUUAAUAAUGAUCCCUCGAUUCAGGUGGUACAGCCAUCAGAGAAUCAACCUUUUGCCAUCUUCAAGCAUCAGCGACGAGAGGAUGCUCCCAAUCAUUCCGAGGAUGAUCUGUUCUUGAUACGAAUAAUGCCUUUUGAUUUUAAACAGGAAUGCGGAGGAGAAGUAUUCAAAGCCAUGAUGGAAGGGAAAGGCAUCAACGAAUGGCGGAUGUCAUUCCAAGAGAGUGAUGAUGCUUGCAAUUGUGGAUACUGUUGUGGUGGUUUUCAUCGAUUAUUCCUGAUGAGACCUCCUGACUUGUCCAACAUUCAACGCGAUAUGAAACCCUUUCUCGGCUAUAUCACCACCUCUUCCACCACGAGCCUAACUACUACUACUCCAACUAAAACCUACUCUCUUCCCGAGUUGAUUGUUUUCAUGUCUGUAUUGGGAGCAAACAAGAUGGUACCUCACUUCAAAAUGGAACAAAUUCUCAUGGAGCAUUCGAAACAGGUACCCUAUGUCUUUCUAAGGCCAAGCUUUUUCAUGCAAAAUCUCACGACCACUCAUCUUCGAGAAAUUAGAGACGAGUCACAACUAUUCAUGCCUGCAGGAAAUGGCUCCACCUCAUUCAUUGAUGUGAGAGAUAUUGCUCAAGUGACUUGUCAAAUACUUAUGGAAGAGAAUUGUGAAAAGUUCGCAAAUAAGGCGUUCGAUUUAACGGGAAGUGAAGCAUUGACCUAUUUUGAGGUUGCUCGAAAACUUUCUGAAGCGUGUGGAAGAAGCAUUGUGUAUGCAAAUCCAUCCAUUCCAAAAUUCAUGUAUCGUACAUGGAAGAAUAAUCCUGAUCUUCCAUUCUCGUAUUUGAUGGUUGCGACUGCUCUUUACACAGUGUGUCGAUUUGGAAAAGCCGGACGAAUAACACAAGAUCUUGAAACGUUACUCGGGAGGAAGCCAUUCACAAUGGAUCAAUUCAUACAGGACUACAAGCACCUAUUCAAUGGCAAUACACUACAAAUUAACUCUGGAAAAUGA